GUUACUUUUUGUUCAAUUUUGUGGUUCUUUUUAAAACGGAAGGCCGACAUAGCUUCAUCAAAUGGUGUCACUGUCAAAUGUCAAUAAUAAUAAAUUGUCAUAUAGUUGAAAAUGACAGUAUGCUUGCCGGAUGCCCAAUUUAUUACGUAUCUAUUUGAAUGAUAAAACGGUUUUAAUUUUCUUGUUAAAACUAUCAGUAAUUAUAUUUGUAUUACUGUAUAAAUAACAACAGAGAUUAUUAAAUAAAAUGCUAGUUUAGUGUUCAUGCGUAGUUUUAGGUGCUCAUUGUUAGUUUGUCUAUAAAUAAAGAUGUCAAUAAUGAUAUGUUUACAAACUCGAUUUAUACAUGGGUGUGCAAGAUGUAAAUGUAGUUUUUCGCCACCAGAUUCGUUAAGUAAAUUUCCUGCACAUAUACCCAAAAGAUAUUCUUCUGCUGAAAGCUUAAAAGAGGCAUACCGUAACACAAAGCAAAGAUUUGAAAGCAAAAAGUGUCCUAAGAACGUAAAUACUAGAGGAGUAUUUGCUUGCAAUGAACUUGAUCUUUCUGAAGUUGAAGUAUAUGGAUUUGAUUAUGACUACACCCUGGCCCACUACAAACCUUCGAUGGAACAAUUACUGUACAGGCUUGGUAGACAAAUUCUUUUGGAAAAGUUUCAUUAUCCAAAAGAAAUAGCAAAAUUAGAAUAUAUACCAAACUUUGCUGUAAGAGGACUGCAUUAUGACAUAGAUAAAGGCCUCCUUUUAAAACUGGACUCAUUCUUACAAAUUCAGUUAGGUACUGUUUAUCGGGGCUUGUCACCGGUGCCAACUGAAGAAGUUUUCAGAUUGUAUAAAAAAAGAAUGAUACCCAUUACUUAUGUAGAGGGUGUACCACACAAGUGGGCAUAUAAGUCAAGUAAAGCUAAAAUGGUCCAUUUAGCUGAUCUGUUUUCCGUUCCUGAAAUGGGCUUAAUGUGUAAUGUAGCUGACUACUUCAUAAAGAAUAAUAUUGAUUAUCACCCUGCAAUAUUGUUUCUAGAUGUAAAGAAGGCAGUGCGAAGCAGUCAUUCAAUUAUGCACAAGAUUGUAGCCAAACAAGUAGAGGAGUACAUUAGGCCAAACGAAUAUUUGACAAGUUAUUUAGAUUUCCUAAAGAAUGGCAAAAAGAAGCUUUUUCUCGUAACUAAUAGCCCCUACCAUUUCGUGAAUGCUGGGUUGAAAGUCUUGGUUGGUGAUAAGUGGCGUGAAUAUUUCGACGUAAUAAUUGUUAAUGCUAACAAACCGAGUUUCUUCACGGAGUUGACACGCCCUAUCAGGGUAUUCGACAAAAACGCCAACACACAUGUUUGGGAUAAAGUUGUGUCGUUACAAAAAGAUAUUAUUUAUUAUGAGGGUACAGUGCAGCAGCUGCAACAGCUGACGGGUUGGUACGGUAACAAAGUGCUUUACUUCGGCGACCACCCCUACAGCGUGGCCGAUGUCUCUCUGCGCCACGGCUGGCGUACCGGCGCGAUCAUCAACGAGCUGAGACACGAAAUAGCAACAUUGAACACACAGCCGUUUAAAAAGAAUGCCAACUGGCUGCAGAUGUUGACGGUUUUGAUAGAACAGAACCAGGACCACAAGGACCCUGCCAGUCUCGCAGUCUUGAACGAGUGGAUGAAAGAGAGGGACUUCCUUAGGAGUGAAAUAAAGACAGUGUUCAACCCGCAAUUCGGCAGCGUGUUCCGCACGUACCACAACCCCACGUACUUCUCGCGGCGCCUGUUCCGCUUCGCCGACGUGUACACGUCCGACAUCACCAACCUCGUGCACCACUCGCUCACGCACACCUUCUACCCGCGCCGCGGCGUCAUGCCGCACGAGUAUGGUUCGUAUUUCGUUUGAGUCCACCUCGACAGUCGUUGUAGCUGAGUAAUCGAUUAGUGUUAAGGAUAAGUGUAUAUUAAACUAGAGUAACUAGUAGAUACGAGUAGUUAGUGUCGUAAAUAGUUGUCUUCCCACUACUGAGUCAAACAUUCUUCCAGAUAUGUGGGACCAUUCUUGAUGAGCAAGGCUGUUGCGCUAGUUGUUCUUGACGCAAGAAUUGAGUUCAUACAUUGAAUAACAUUGAAAUUGGUAUUUUUCGUUGAAACCUACCAACAUUUAUUGUUCAAGCAAGAAUCAUACAAUGUAAGAAAAAGCAAAGUGUUAAUAUGC